AUGACUCAUGAAGAUACUUCACAAAUUCGUCGAUUAUCUCUCUAUAAACAUUUAUCGGAUGUGUUAAAAUUAAAACGUAAAACAUGUUGUUCAAAUAGUAAAGAUUCUAUAUUAUCUUCAACACCAACAACACCUUCACCUUCAUCAACAUUUACAUUCUUUUGGAAUUGUACAUUAACUGAAGUUGAUACAUCAUCAAAAGAAGACUUUAAUAAUUUAUCAAAUCAGUCAAAAAAUCGAAUUGAUUCAGCCGAUGUUCAUUGUUUAAUUAAACAAAAAAGUAUUAGUUAUGAUGAUUUAGUUUUCAUAUCAUCAAAUGAAGAUAAACAAAUAAUAUCUGCAAAUACUAUUGAUGAUAAAUCGAAAUCAAAUGAAAUAACGAAUCGAUUAUCAGCUAAACCAUCAGGUGGAAAAGAAAGCAAUGAAAAGAGAAAUUCAAUGGGUUCAACAAUUUUAUCAUUAAAUUCAAAAUCAAUAUCAAAACGUUUAUCAACUCAUUGUAUGAUGUUAGAUAAUGAUGAAAAUCAAGAUUCUAAAACAUCAAAUCAACAAUCUAGUCGAACAAAUAAAACAAAUCGUUCAAGUUUAUUUACCAGUAGUAUAUUUACUCGAGAUGGAUCUGAUACAAUUGAAAAUAAUCUUUCAUUUAUUCGUCGUAAAUGUGAUGAAUGGUUAACACAUGGUUUACCAAAAUUAGCUCAAUUACAUUUUUCAAUUGAUGAAUGUGAUUUAGUUAUUGAAAAAGAAUGGCAACCAUUUUUAAAUGAACAAUCUCGAAUGCUUAUGUCUGAAACAAUAAAACUUCAACAAGAAGCAAUCUAUGAAAUGCUUUCAACUGAAGUAUCAUACAUACGUCAAAUCUUAACCAUGACUGAUAUAUUUAUGACAAGUAUAAGUAUAUUAAAAUCAUCUCAACGUGAUGGAAUAUUUAAUGAUAUUGAUAUGGAUAAAUUAUUUUCAAAUAUACAAGAUGUACUUCAUGGAAAUUUAUUAUUUUGGAAAGAAAUUUUAUUACCAAUUAAAGUUAAACUUCAACAAAGUGGUUUAUCAAUGAAUCCAUCAGAUUUAAGAAAUGGUUUUAUUAAUUUUGAUUUUUAUUUUAAACCUUAUCUUCAUUAUGUACUCGAUCAAAAAACAAGUGCAGAAUAUUUUAAACAAAAAUUUUCUCGUGAUGAUUUAUUUCAAUAUUUAAUUACUUGGAUAGAGGCUAAUUUUACUAAUCGUUUAUCAUUUUCGGAUUUAACUAUUAAACCAUUACAAAGAUUGACGAGAUAUAAAUUAUUACUUGAAGCUAUACAAAAGAAAACACAUGAUCCUCAACAAAAAAAUGAUCUACAAGAAAUGAUUCAAAAAGUUGCUACAUUUGUAAAUCGUGUCAAUUCAAAAUUACACAAUCAAGAACAAGAAGAACGCGUUCGUCAGAUUAAUGAUCGUAUAGGUCCAUAUGAAAACGUAUUAGCUCCACCUGAACUUACUUCUAUUCUUCAAGAAUAUAAUCGUGAUUCAAUGUCAAAUCGAUUAAAUCUUCUUGAAGAUAUGCCAUUAAAUGUUCGAGGUUAUCGUCGUCAAAUAAUUCAACAAGGUCCAAUGAAAAUGAAAGAUUCAAAAAAUAGUCAAGAUGUUUAUUGUUAUUUAUUUUCUGAUAUGCUGCUUAUAACAAAAGCUAGCAAACGAAGUGGUUCAACAAAUUCAUCAUUAUCAAUGAUAAGUAAUGAUGGCCAACCAAAUCGUACAACAUCGAAUAUAAUAAAUAAAAUUCUUAAAUCACCUAUACGUAUUGAUCGCAUUGAUGUGCGAGAAUAUGAUCGUCGUGGUGGAAGUAGUAGCAAUAAUAAUGCAGAACCAAAUACUGCUUCGUUUGUUGCAAUAGUAUUUUCGGAAUACAAUUUAAUUGAAAGUGCUUAUUUAUUUCAAACAAAUUUAAGCAAACAAUGGAUAGAAAAUAUACGUCGAACCAAAGCAAAUUUUCAUUUAUUAAUGGAAGAAUCAAAAAUAAAAUUUCAAAACCUACAUAAAACAAUAUCACCACCAUGUUGUCCAACACCAACAAAUACUAUACAUCAAUCACUUCCAAGUCUUUCUUUACCAUUAGUGGAAUUACCUAGUCUUAAUACAAAUGAUUCAAAUUGUUUAACAAAUGAUAUUCAACGUUUAUCAAAAGUUGAAUCGAAUGUAUUUAAAAUAGUUGAACAAACACGCAGAAAUUCACGUACAGAUCGUAAAAAUUUUGGUCGAUAUUUUACAGCUGAUGGUACAAGUACACAUGCUACAACACCAACAUCAUCAUCACCAAUUAAACAAAUGUUAUCAUCAUCAGCAACAAUAAUUAAACGUAUGUCAUGGAAUAAUGACCAAACUAUGGAAAAAAAUGAUUCAUCAUUAAUAACAAAUUCAUUUCGAAGUGUACAUAGUUCAAGUGGUGUAAGUUCAACAGGUUCAUUUUUAUUUAGUACAGAUGAAGAUUCUUCUAUAACAACAACAUCCUCAUCAAUACCUUCAAUUGUACCAUCAAAAAAUAGUGAUGAAUGUGAUGAAAAAAGUUUAGCAUCAACUGUUAUUGACACAGAUGAUCAACUAAUACAAUCACCUUUAGUCGUCAUUCAACCACAAAAUUUAAUAUCAGAAGAUUUAGUUAAAAAUAAUCUUGAAAAUAAAAAUAAUGAACAGUUAAUGACUCAAAUGUCACCAUCAAGUACAAGUACAAUCAUAUCAAAUAAUCAAACAAUAACUGAAUCUACAUCAUCUAUGACCAUUGAUCUAUCGCCACCAGCAUCUUCACUUCGUCGUAUACCGUAUCCAAGUGUAAGAAAACGAAAUCAAAUUCAUCACCGGUCAGUUCUUCAUCAACAAGCACAUCGUCGACACAAAAUUUCAAAUGAUAAUGAUAUAGAAUCAUCAAAAUCUAAUGAUGAUAAUACAAUAAAACGUACAACUGAUUCACCUAUUGAUGAUUCAUUAGUAUUUAGUAGUGGAAAUGAAAGUGAUUAUGAUAAUAAUCAAUGUACGACUGUUAAAAUGCCGGUGAACGAUCAUCUGAAUUCUGAUGAAUUAACAUGUACAGAUAAUGAAACUCAUAUAGAAAAUUCUAAUGUUAACAACAAUCAACGGUCAGAUAUAAUUAGAAUAACAUCAAAGGAUACACCUCACAGAGCUAAUAAAAUAAUGACAAUUAAUGCUACAGCAACAUUAGAGGAUAGUGAACCGACAAGUUUUCAAGCAUAUCGCAGAGAUUCACUAAUAACUCGACGAUUACUUGAUAUUCGAAGUCAUUUAUUAUUGAAUACAACACUUGAUGCAACGUAA